AUGAAAACCGUAGCAGCAGCAGCUGCCGUGGCGCUGCUGGUGGCGCUGGCGUCGUCGCCGACGGUCGGGCAGAGGCUGCCAGGAGAGAGUUUGCCUCGCUCCUACAAGGUCACGCUGGCGCCCAACCUCAACGAGGGGGAAAAUCCGUUCAGAUUUUACGGCUCUACCUUCAUAGAGGUGGAAGUUCUGCGCGAGACGACCACACUCACGAUGCACGCUGACGUCAGCAUAGUCAUUUUGUCCGUCAUCUUGACCAAUGGCACCAUCCUCGGCGCCAGUCACGAACCGCUGCAGGACGGCAGCAACUUCCUCGUCAUCACCCUCCAAGAGCAGGUUUUUGCCGGUGACCGAUUGACUCUGGUCCUGGAAUUCGUUGGUGAUGUUCGUGAGGGGUUGGACGGCUUCUACCGCAGCUCGUAUGAGCAAGAUGGAGAGACUAGAUGGCUGGGAGUGACGCAGUUCGAGAAGACGGGGGCGCGGAUGGCCAUGCCGUGUUACGACGAGCCGGCCAUCAAGGCGACCUGGGAAUUUACCUUUCGCCCACAGCAAGGCUACAACGUACUCUUCAACACUCCACUCAUCAACGCCACUGACGACGAAGAUGGAAGACGCACCCUGACCUUCGAGCAGACGCCGGUGAUGAGCGCCUUCCUGCUAGCUUGGGUCAUAUCCGACUUCGUAGGCGUGCAGUCGCCGCUGGAAUCCAAUACGACUGUCUGGACGACAAGGGACACGGCGGCACAGGCAGAGUACCCAAGUGUGAUGGGGCCACGCACCGUCCGCUCCAUGGAGCAGCUGGUGCGUGUUCCGUACAACCACGGCAACCUCACCAAGAUGGACCACGUCGCUGUGCCGGACUUCGCCGCCGGCGCCAUGGAGAACUGGGGUCUGAUCACGUACAGACAGGAGUACCUGCUGGCCCUGGACAACUACACCUCGGAGGCGGCUAAGGAACAGGUGCUGACCGUCAUCCAGCACGAGGUGUCUCAUCAGUGGUUCGGGGACCUGGUCAGCCCCAACUGGUGGUCCGUGCUUUGGCUUAGUGAAGGUUUCGCCACGUUCUUCGAAAGCUUCGGUUCUGCAGUCGUGGAGCCCACGUGGCGAAUUGACGAAGCGUUCGUGGUUUCAACCUUGCUUGGCCGAGGAAUUGCCUACGAUGAAGAUCCUUCAGCACCACCCAUCACCAGCGAGGAUUCUGAUAUCAACAUCUAUUAUAAAGGUGGCUCCAUCAUCAGGAUGAUGCAGCAUAUUAUCGGCACUGAUGCGUUCUACGACGGCCUUCAUAAUUAUCUUUUACAGAACCAGUUCAGCAACGCCACGGAUGACAUCCUGUUCGCGGCGAUGGACGCGGUGGCGUCCUCGUCGGAUCUGCCUUCCGACGCGACUGUGUCGUCGGUGAUGCUGCCGUGGGCGCGGCAGGCCGGCUUCCCCAUCAUCACCGUCACCAGGAACUACUCGGACGGCUCCGCUGUCGUUACGCAGAACCGUUGGCUGGUGCCUGCUGAUCCCAGUGACGAGACGACGUGGACGGUGCCGGUGACGUACACGUCCAAGUCGGAGGCCGCCUUCUCCACCAGCACGAGGCUGUGGCUGACCGACACGUCAGCGCGGCUGGACAACGUCGCCGACGCCGCAACAGACGACUGGGUCAUCUUCAACCUGAACGUCGUUGGGUUUUACCGAGUGCAGUACGACACAGACAACUGGGCUCUGCUGGUGCAGCAGCUCCUGAGCGACCACGAGGUGAUCCCGCCCGUCAACCGCGCUCUGCUGCUGGACGAUGCGAGGGCGCUGGUGCAGUCCGACCUGCUGCCCCUCGACACGCUUCUCAACCUGACAUCCUACCUAGCGCAGGAGCUGGACUACAUACCUUGGCUCGAAGCCGAAAGCACGCUCAGCUAUCUGUCGUCGAUUAUAGAUGCGGACGAAUUCGACACUUUGGUGCAGGAGCUGGUCGCAAGCGUGACGAACACGUUGGGCUACGUGGCACAGCCUAGUGAUUCUCACGUCACGCGCGUCCUUCGCGGCAUCGUAUCAUUGCUUGCCUGCACUGCAAACCAGCCUGCGUGUACCGAGGCAGCCUACAGCCAGUUCCAGCGCUACAUGGCCAAUCCGAAUGACCCAGCCAACUGGGUUGACCCAGAUAUGAAAAGUGUUGUGUACUGCGAAGGUGUGCGCCAGGGUGGUGACGAGGCACUCAACUUCUUGCUGCAGCAGUACCGAAACACCAGUGUCAUCUCUGAGAUGAAUGAAAUUGUAACGGCAAUCACAUGCCAGUCUUGUCAUGCAGCUGUCAGACACGUGCUGCAGAUGACUGCAGGUGGCACAGAGGGCAGCAUCCAUCAGAGACACCUACCUAUACUACUGGAGGGAGCACUAAGAAAGCACCGUAGAGAAGCUGUUGCUGCUGCAAUUGAGUUCCUGGUUGACAACCCAAAGGUUCUGCUUUCCCGAUACAUUGACAAGAAGACAAUCAGGAAGCUGCUCACUGACGUCAUCCGUACGACUUGUGACCGACACCUACUUGAUAAAGUAAGCUUGCUGGCAACCUCAAUAGGGAACCAAGGACUGGCAUCAGCAGCAUCAUCAAGGCAUACUAGCUUAGUGCAUUGUCAUGCCUUGCAUCAUGCUGCCUCUCAUUGGUUACAGCGCUGGAUACAACAACGACAGCAUAAUGCUGUUUGAAGAAUAUGACAUACACCUUGCUAUACAAAUCUUAAAUGAUUUACAGUAUAAAAGGAGCUGAGUGCUUCAUGUCUUUAA